UGCGUAUAUAUCCAUUACCUUAUUCUACCACUUUAGUUGAUCAUGUUUAAUUUUGUGCCCAUAAUCUUGUCUCUGUGCAUAUCCUCUCCUUUCAUAACUAACCUGAUAAUAAUUAACCUGAGAUUUGUAGGUGCUAAAUUAAAUUAAGUUACUGAUUAUUUAAACAGAUAGUAAUUAGGAAGAUAAACACAGGACAGUCCUGCCAUAAGGAAAUACUGGACUGUCUUUUAACACAAGCAGACAAGACAUUUGCUAGAGAACUGGAUUUCAGAAUGCUGUCAGAACACUGGAUGGUAACACUAAAUAAAGUGUUCUAUCCACUUCUAGCAAUAAUCGGGAUCCCAUCAAAUAUUAUGACAAUGUUCAUCUUGUGGCGAAAGAACUGUCGUAUUGCCCCUUCCAGUCGGUACCACCUCAUGGCCAUGUCCUUCUCAGACACAGUAGUCCUUGUUCUUUUCGUCCUACUUGAGAUGGUCACAGAAUGUUUCAGUGAAAGGCCAUUCUGGUACAGUGACCCCUGGUGUACCCUGCGGGAUGUUUUCUGUUAUGGUGCAGUCAACACUUCUGUCUGGCUGGUGGUCUCCUUCACCAUUGAGCGCUUUAUCACUAUCAACACCUUCAGGCUAAAGAUGAGAAUCUGUUCUGCCAGGAACACACUCUAUGCUAUUGGUGUGAUCCAUGUCUGCAGCUACAUUGUGGCCAUCCCCCAUUACUGGUCAAACUAUUCAACAGUGGAGAAUGCUACAGGACUUUCUAUCUGCAAGUAUAACCCUAAGCUCUCCAGAACGUAUGUUGAAGCACUUGUGUGGUUUCAGACCUCUCUGCUCUAUAUUAUCCCAUACACCAUCAUCUUUACCUUGAACACCCUCACUCUAAGACAGAUAAUGUGCCAUAACAAAGUGCACUGUCUCUCUCGAGGGAUGUUGCAUAGAACCCAACCUAAAACCCACUUUGGGAAACCGAAAAAGAAGCCAGUUAUCCUCCUGGUGACAGUUUCAAUGACAUUUGCCUAUCUCUGUACCACAAGGUUUGUUACCCAAGUCAUCAUCAAGACCUGCUACUAUGACAUAGAAAGGAAAGAUUACUCCAAGACCAUAAACAUUGUGGCAGAUAUAGGGACCAUGCUGGAAAUGACCAACACUGCUGCCAAUAUGUAUCUCUAUGCCUGCACCCAAUCUGCCUUCCGAAGGGAGCUUAUCCGGUAUCUGAAGAUCAUCGUUUAUCCUUGGCAAGCAAAAAGAAAAACCCUACCUGUUGUUUUCCAGGCAUAGAACAACAUACCAUCCAACAGAGAUGUUAUGAUACGUCUGUUUUGCAGCUGAGUCAGAGGCCACCUGAGCUCUGCCCUUAGUGCUCUUGCAAGUGGGAAGAUGCAACUGGUUCCAUGUCCCAAAGGCUCACAGCUUCAGCCUACCUGGAUGCCUGCUUUUCAGUGACAGCAGCAAAGACACCCAAAUGGAUGAGUUUCUCCCAUGAUUUUGAAAUAAUUUGCUGGACCAUUACCAAUCCCAUUAUUUAAACAGCCUCUGCACGUACACACACAAACACCACACGUACCAGCACCCUCUGCUUCAUUUGAUCACCAACCUCCUACUCUUUCAGGCAGAGAGAAGGGUCUUUAUUUGUGAACCGGCCUGAGAUCUUUUGAUGAAUGGCUGUAUAUAAA